AUGAACCACUUUCCGGAGGCCUGGGGCCGUCCCAGGGACGAUGUCUACGGAGCCUACAAUCCCUCAUAUCUUCAGACGACGGGUCCAAAGGCCCACACUUCAUCGCCAGCGGUGACAGGAACCUCGGUGAUUGGCGUCAAGUUUAACGGCGGUGUCGCUCUGGCCACCGACAACCUAGCUUCGUAUGGAUCCCUUGCUCGUUUCUCCGAUGUCAAGCGUCUCCGUGUCUUCGGAGAUAAGGCCGUGGUGGGCUUUGGAGGAGAUGUGUCCGACAUGCAAUACAUUGACCGUCUACUGGCAUCCAUCGACAUCCGGGAGAACUACUCGAACCACGGCAACAUGCUCAAUGCCAAAAAUCUACACACUUACCUGGCCAAGGUCUUCUAUAAGCGACGUUCUGAGUUCAACCCGCUGUGGAACCACGUCCUCGUCGCAGGCUACGAUGGAGAAGGCAAGCCCUUCCUGAGUUCGGCAGAUCUCCUGGGAACCACCUUCUCUGCACCUCAUCUGGCGACGGGCUUUGGUGCCCACCUUGCAGUUCCAAUCCUGCGACGGCUGUUCCCCGACGAGAAGCCGAUCGAGGAGGUGACCCAGGAACACGCGGUGGAUGCCCUGAAGCAAUGCCUGAAGGUGCUCUUCUACCGAGACGCGCGGAGUCUGGACAAAUACUCGAUAGCCGUGAUUACCAAGGACGGUAUCGACCUGAAGGAGAAUGAGCAAAUUGAGGGCCAGAGCUGGGCUUUCGCCGAGAGGAUCAAGGGAUAUGGGGCCCAGACAAACUAG